AUGGCCGAGUUUGGAGGCCUAGCUAUCGAUUGCAGAUGGGAUCCAGAGUGGCGGUGGCGUCCUUCCCGGUCGGCUUUUCGUCUGCGAUUGGGGUCCUCAGUCGCUGGUGGAGGUCCAACUAGUGGUGGUAAGUCCCUCGACACUCCUUGUAUUCGAUUGAUGUGCUCUGCCUUCGGGUGGAGCUCCGCCUCUCAGGCGAGGCUCGGCUUUCUGGUCUUUGGAGAAAAUCACCAAUUUUUCUUGUUCAAAACUCUCAAUUUCCUUGUGCCUUCCCUGGCGGCGCCGUCGGGCCUCUUGGCGGCGACUUUCUUCAUGAUGUGCGGCUUGGUCCUCGGUGUUCGUCACUCGUGUCCGUUCUUGAGCCGAAGGAGGUGGAGGGCCGUUCUCGGGUGGUUUUUGCCGCCGCUCUAG